GCGAGGGCUGAUUUGGUAAAACCAAAAUACGAGUGCAAUUUAGUCAUUCGAAGGCUGGCCACACUCUCCUUCUUAACACUCUCUCACUUUCACUUUCACUUUCUGCUCUCUGAAGAACUCUCCCUCUCGCUCUCUCUCUCUCUCUCUCUCUCUCUCUCUUCCUCUCAAAUGUCGUCAGGCAUGAAGAAAGUGAACAUGAUCAGCAAAAUCGUCCGGCUGAAACAAGUCGUCACCCGCUGGAAAUCCAAGAGCGUGAGGGGCGGCGGCAACAAUCUCUUCUACUCCUCCUCGGACUCCGACUACGACGAACCGGCCGGUCCGAACCGCCGCACCCCCUCGGGCUCCGUGGCGGUCUACGUCGGCCCGGAACGCCGCCGCUUCGUCAUCCCGACCCGGUUUCUCAACCUUCCGGUCUUCGUCGCCCUCCUCAACCAGGCCGAGGAGGAAUUCGGCUACCCGCCCACCGGCGGCCUCACGCUGCCGUGCGAAACCGUCUUCUUCACCAACAUCCUCCGCCUCCUGGAAAAGGAUGAGGAGCGGUUCCGGGGCCUAGGCAUCGAUGAAUUCCUGCAAGCCAGUUUCGAUUCGUAUGAUCGGUCGUCGUGUAAAGGACCAUCCCCGCCCGGCCGCGCCGUCACGCCAUUGCUGCAAAAAACUAGGGUUUGAUUGAUGCUCUGAUUUUUUUUUUUUAGGGCGGACUAGUUUUUAUUUUAUUUUAUUUUAUUGGCAGCCCCUUUUUCAUUUUAGUGAAACUAAUUUUAGACCCAUCCUUGAGGCCAGAGGUUUAAAGGAUGAAUGCUGGUUGCUCAAUGUGAUGCCUAGUUUUUUCCGAUCCCUUUUUAUUUCUCAAGGGAUCGAGAUCCCCAAUUUUUGUACUUGGGUAUUAAUAUUAGGGCAAUGUUGAAAUUAAAUUGUUUUUA